AUGGAAAAAAAAAAUUAUGUUUUACUUGCACCAUUGCUUCAAAAAACUUCCGGUGUUGGGUGGUCUGAAAUCGACCACAUACUAGAAGUGGAAGAGCCCGUCUGGAACGAUUAUGUCAAGAAUGAAAUUGAGUCAUCUCCGCCACAGGGUGUUGAGAGUAGUGCAUCGGGGAAGGGUAAACGGGUAGGCAAACGUAAACGUGUUAAAGAUGCGGAGGUUGAAGUGGUGGGCCUACAUUCUACUUUAUGCGAAAAAGCCGAUCAACGUUGGGGUCAAAUGGUGGAACGUAUUAGGGUCCAACACGAUGCGAAGGAGCAACGGAAACAGUUGUACGAGGCGUUGAAGUCUAUUCCCAUGUUGAGUAUCGAACAAAAAUUUAUCGUAACAAAAUACUUUUGUAGGAGCAAAGAAGAGAUGGACCAUCAGCGAAGAGGACAAAGCUUCUAUGGUUCCUUUAUUGUAAGCUUAACCCCAAUGGAUCGUCAUGAAAGCAUGCUACGUAUUGCGGAGAGGUAUCGUCGCCCCGGUUGGUCGUCGAAUGAGGAAAGGGAGUGCUACAUUUGCCAAGAAACUCCCGACAUGAAUGUGCCUGUCGUCUUCAACUCUAUAUGGCACCACCUCUCCAUACAGUUGACCGAAGAGAUGCUACAUUAUUUCUCCGUGCUCAAGGUCAAGGAGAAGAUAAGGCUCUACACACCUACUUCAGGGAGUUCCUCACAGACUCCCGGUGUGGACGUGCAUGUGGAAACGGGUCUUAUCACAGUCACUCCUUCGUACUGGACAUUCGUCGGCCGGGAAACGGAUUUGGAGUAUUUUUUCCGUCAUGUUGGGUUCCCAUGGUACGGAGAGUGUGUGGAGCUGUGGGAUCUUAGAGAUGCGGCUGAUGUGAUAAUGAAGCCCGGUGAAAGAGUCCAUGAGCCCAUCAUGUUUGACGACACGGAUGAGGAAAUUGUUGUUGCGGAUGACCCCAAUGGGGCAGACGGUGCUGAUGGUGUCGGGGGCGCCGUGGUAGAGCACGUGAAUGGCAACGCCAAUAAUGUGCAUGAAGUUGAAGAUGACGUGGAAGUGGAGGAACAUUACGAGGAGGAGUAUGUGGCUGAACCCGCCCCAGUCGAGGUGGUUGACAUUGAAUCGGACGAGGCACCGGAUGAAAUGGAUCUCGACACAGACGUCGGCUCUUGCGUUGACUCA